UAAACACCCUGGUGAGGACACUAAGACGACAAGGUUUUGUGUCCAGGGAUGCCCAGUCAUCCUACAAAGCUGAUUUCUGAAAAGGAGGGGACAGAUGCAUAACUGCUUCCCCAGUGGUGACCUGGGUCUGGGAUCUCAGACCAGAUGAUCUUGAGGGUCCCUUCUGAGUAAGAUUCUAGGUUGUAUUUAUCUUGGUUUAAAACAUUAGGAGUUUUGAGAGUGUCUUGGCCAGUUUCCUUUCUGGAAUUGUGGUGUGAUAUAAUCAAGACACUUACCUGCCUCUUUAAGUCUAUUGGUUGGUUGGUUCAGGUGUGGGUAAAGUGGCCGGUUUGGGGAACAACAAUGUUGUUUACAUUCUUUCUUUCUGAAAAGUCAGGAGCCACCGGCAAGAAAUGAAAGUGAAAUCAGGGGAUAGUGUCAUCAGUCAGCACAAAUGUGACAAAGUUCAGAGAGCUGUUUACUUAGGCACAACUGCGCCUUCCAGCCGGUCACAAGCUCCGGGCUUAUGCUCGGGGCUGCAUCGCCCCCGUCUCCACCAGCCUCGUUUCUGGAACCUGACAUUAGGAGGCAGCGAGAGAGAAGAAUCAAGCGAACCUGAUUUCCUGCUCCUCCUCUUUGUGAGUGUUUUGUGGGCUCUGCACCUUCUGUUUGGAAGCACGGAGGAGCCAUCCCAGCACUGAGUAUAUAUGAGACGUAAAACACGGCCCCUCACCUCAAGAAGCUUUGCCGUCUUGUUAGAUAAGUACAUGCAGUACCUAAAGGACGCUACAAGUCAUUUUCAUUCAUUCAACAACAAAAAAAAAGAGUUCCUACUGUGUAUCAGGCACCAUUCUGGGAUAAAACAGCUAGUGGAAGCAUAAGCUUGGCCUUCAGCUAUAUCAGACCCAAGUGUAACAGGCUUGAAAUAGGAGAAGUAAGAGGAAGCAUUUACACAAAGGCACCCCAAUUCCCAACCUGGACCAUGGAGGUACCCAGGGAGACACCCUGCGAAGCGCAGAAGAUGCCCGUCCUAAGGUCAAGGCGGAGGAACCAGCUGCGGUUCCUGGGAAUCAUGACGCUCACAGUCACAGUGAUCUUCCUGCUGUUCUUUGCUCUCCUCUGGAAGGCCGGCAACCUCAUCGACUUGCCCAACCUCAGAAUUGGCUUCUACAACUUCUGUCUCUGGAACGAGGGCACUGGGGCCCUACAGUGUCACCAGUUCCCUGAGCUGGAGGCCCUGGGGGUGCCUCGAGUUGGCCUGGCCCUGGCCAGGCUUGGCGUGUACGGGGCCCUGGUCCUCACCCUCUUCGUCCCCCUGCCUCUCUUCCUGGCCUGGUGCAACAGUAACGAGGGAGAGUGGCAGCUGGCCGUGGGCUUCCUGGCCACGUCCUCCAUGCUGCUGGCCAGCGGCCUGGGCCUCUUCCUCACCUACACAUGGAAGUGGCUCCGGCCCUCCCUCCUGGGGCCUGGGUUUCUAGCUCUGGGUGUUGCCCAGGGCUUACUCAUCCUCUUGCUUAUGGCCACAGUCAUGUUCCCUCAGAGGGCAAAGGACAAGAACUUUAGAGCUGCUAGCUCUGUCUAAAGGCUUAUGUGACUGCAAGGGUUCUGUUUGAACUAUGCUCAGAGAAGGUGCCAGAGAAUUCACGGGCUGCUGUGUCUUCUCAGCCAUCCUGUUUCAUAGCUAAUGCUGAUCUCAAGCUCUAGCAGACAGGACCCACCGCGGAGGGGGUAGGGCACCCGACGUCAAGGACAAGAGGCAGCAAGGGCGGCCAGGGCUCCCUCAGCUUCUUAGUGUAGGGUUGUGUGUCCUUUGGGACUUGUAAGGUUCCCAAAGACACCCUAAAACCACACAGCUCAUUGUCACAAGAAUUCCUGCUUUAAUUAACUGAUCUGAGCAAGCCAUUCUUACUUUAUCCUCAGAACAACGGGGAAAUAAGGCUUCCUGUCAUGGGGCCAGAUUUCCAGGACAAGUUGCCAAAUGCCAGACUGGAACCCAGUGAGGGCCUAUGAAGAAACACCUCAGGGGCCCCGGGGGCCCUGCCUGGCCAGCUCCCCACCUCCAUCCAAGGCGGGUAGAAUGCGAUGAGCCCCCCACCUCUGACAACGCUCCCAAAGGCCCAGGAAUAACCUGGGGGAUUCACCGAAGACAGAACACAUGGGCACGAAGAGCAGCCCUGGUGGCUUUGAAGGUUCCUCUGAAAAGGCUCCCGGACCUGAAGCCCGACAGAGCAGGGGGUCAGCGGGCAGAUCACUCCCAGCACGUGACCUGGGAGUUCAGGAGCCGAAGACGCUGGGUCCCUGGUCAGGAGAGGAAGGUGCACAGGACUGACCGGUUCCACAUCCACGUGAAUGCCGCAUCCCCUCACCUCUCACCCCGGGCCCAGAAAGGAUACAAGCACAACUCAUGCACUGGCGAACUGUGUGUAUUUUUCAGCACCUGUAUAUUUAAAACCUGUACAGCACGUGAUUGCCUCAUCCUAUGCCUGUCAAAAGCCACACUGAAUACAGAAGCAGAAACACGGA